CAUGCCGGAAGGCAAACAAUCGUUAUCUGUACCGAUGAGCAAAUGGCGUGUAGACUCUGAUUCUUCAUAUACAGAUAGUGACUACAUGUCAUCGGGAACUAGCAGCCCUUAUAGAUCUCCGUCUCAUUCCGCUACUUCUAGUCACUCUCCUUCUCCAAUUCGCUCACCACUGAAAUUUGUACCACCCUUUGGGCCACCGGAUGCCGAUCCGAGAAAACAAACGGGAUCGCCUACUAAUUCAAAUUUCCCCAUACUCCCAGCAAACUACGCACAAAGACAAGCAGAGUCGUUAAAUAUUCCAGGGAAGGGGCUAGUUAGUAAAGUUCUUCUACAAAGUAUAGCACCAGUCGUGACUAGUGCGUUCCUGUCAAGAGUUGAACACGAUGUGGACUUGGACGAACGUUGUAUUAUGAAUAAUUACUUUGGUAUAGGAAUAGACGCGAAAAUCGCGCUUGAUUUUCAUACUAAAAGAGAGGAACAUCCCGAAAAGUGCAGAUCGUUGUACAACGAAAAAAGCGUCAUGAAUAAUUAUUUCGGAAUUGGUAUCGACGCCAAGAUCGCAUUAGAUUUUCACAACAAACGCGAAACGCAUCCGGAAAAGUGCAGAAGCCGAACAAAAAAUAUGAUGUGGUAUGGAGUCUUAGGAGGAAAGGAAAUUAUGCAUAAUACCUAUCGCAAUUUGGACCAAAGAAUUCAGUUAGAAUGUGAUGGACAAAGGAUUCCUUUACCUAGUUUACAAGGAAUUGUAGUUCUUAAUAUAUCAAGUUAUAUGGGAGGAGCCAACUUUUGGGGUACGAAAGGCGAUAAUUUCCGGCCGCCUUCUUUUGAUGAUAAGAUUUUAGAAGUUGUCGCCAUAUUUGGUAGCGUUCAUUUGGGCGUUUCUAAAUUUGUUAACCUACAACAUCAUAGAAUAGCUCAAUGCAGGAGUUUAAAAAUAACUAUACUGGGUGAUGAAGCUGUACCUGUUCAAGUUGAUGGUGAAGCAUGGCUUCAAAAUCCUGGUUUUAUAAGAAUUAAGCACAAGAAUAGAGCUCAAAUGUUAAGUCACGAUAAAAUAUUCGCCGAAGCUCUUAGAUCUUGGAUGAAAAACGAACGAAGAUCCAGCGAACAAACAGAUUCAAUCUUAACCGAUCAAGAAGUAUACGUUCUUAAUGAUUUCGUUUCCGUAACUGAGAGAUUUACAGAAUGUUUGAAAAUGUUAUCGUCAUUUACAACGUUUAUAAUGGAAGAUUUAACGCCGUUGAUUGUUCAAACACAAGGUUUCUUAAGGAAGUUAUAUUGUGAAAAUGGUGAAAAAAUGAUUGAGCCGGCAAUUAGGAGUCAGGUUUCUGAUCUUGUUAGCAGUGUUACCCAUCUCUUCCAUAAAUCAGUUCAAUUACUAAACGAGAAUAGCCGUGAAUUACAACUCUCAUCCCAAGCUGAUCAACAAUUGCAUCAAGCUUUACAGGAGAUGGAUGCAGAGAUGGGUAGGGUUCAUCAAAUAGGAGGCCUACCCCAUCCAUAUAUAUUAGACGAUCAUGAACAUCCAAAGAAACAGAAAAAGUUCAAGUUUGGCCCCUGGUUUAAACAGAGAAAGAGGGAAAAAUCUGAUACACCUAAAGCACCAGAUGUGUCUAAUGUUGAAAAUUGGACUAUCGAUGAAGUUGUUCAAUGGCUAAGCAGUUUCGGUUUUGUUGAAUAUGCCGAAAAAUUUAUUUCACAUGAGAUUACUGGUAAAGAAUUAGUACAUUUGGAAAGAUAUGAUCUAAAAGAUCUAGGAGUCUCAAAAGUGGGCCAUUUAAAACGUAUGCAAAACGAAAUAAAACACAUGAGACAUCAAGUUCAGGAAAGAGAUAAAUUGCAGAAAAACAAAACUCAAAUGCUCGACAUAGCUAUUUCUUUUUAA